CUGACAGUUUUUUUUUGUGUCAUUGUCAUGUCCAUUUGUUUGUUGUUAGUUUUGUGUUUAAAAAAAGGGGGAAAACGUGAAUACACUCAUUUCCUAAUAAGGGGAAGAGCACUUCCGCGCUCGGCCUGCAGGGGGCGCCAUUGUCUCGUCUCCGUCUUGCUCAUUUACACGAAGAAAGAUGGCGGCGAGGAGCUGUGGAGGCUGCGUCGGUUGAGCUGCUGGCAGUCUGAACAACAGCAGAGGGGCACACAGUCGCCCUGGACCGGGGCCGGAGGGUACGGAGGGCACCGCCGUACGAGCAGGCCGAGGAUAACCUCCGAACCGGCGGACACUUCGCUUCACGUCCUCGAACCGAGCCGUGCCGUGCCGAGCCGAGCCGAGCGGAGCCACGAAAACAAGUCGGACAUGAACGGGGAGAUUGUAUGCAAUAGCCAUUCAGUCACUGUCUUAAGCUGCACAAACUGCAUAUCACCAGUUCACGAUGAAAUCAAGCUGACACAGCAGGGAAGGUGCUCUCCAAUAUGCUUCCAGCAAAUUAAUGCUCCGCGGCAGGGAGAGGGCAGGAGAACAAACCCCAUCAGCACUACAGCAAAACACUCCAAGACUCACUUCCCGGAGAUGGAGAGCAGCUACAGCCAGUGUUCACCCUGCUGGUCAGAUGAACAGCCGUCGCCUCCGCAGCUCCACUGCGCUCAGAACUGCCUUCGCCCCCCCACCGAACUCCCCCUGCGCGACAGCCUGUCUCACGCUCCGCUCCUCGCCAACAACAACGGCAGCUCUCGUCUCAGCCACCAGAGGAGGGGCGUCCGCCUCAAACCCAAAGGAAAGAAAUCCACGCUAAGACCUGCAGGCGGAAAAAACUCCCAAAACCGGAAAGUUACCGACUACUAUCCAAUAAGAAGAAGCUCAAGAAAAAGUAAAACAGAGAUUGAGUGUGAAGAAAAGAAGCUCAUAGAUGAUCUCAUCACAAAAGGAAUAGAAGAAGGAAUGGAGGUGCGGCACAUAGAAGGAAAGGGAAGAGCCGUGUUCGCCACGCGGUGUUUCCAGAAAGGCGAGUACGUGGUGGAGUACCACGGAGACCUGCUGCAGAUCACCGACGCCAAAAAGAGGGAGGCCGAAUACGCUCAGAACCCUGCCACUGGCUGCUACAUGUACUACUUCCAGCACCUCUGCAAAACCUACUGCGUGGACGCAACAAAAGAGACUGGUCGCAUGGGAAGGCUGAUAAAUCACAGUAAAAACGGAAACUGCCAAACCAAACUCCACGACAUCAGCGGGGUCCCUCACCUCAUCCUCGUGGCCUCUCGCGACGUCGACGAGGGCGAGGAGUUGCUCUACGACUACGGGGACCGCAGCAAAGCCUCCAUCGCAGCCCACCCGUGGCUCAAAUACUGAUCCUCCAGGAGGAGGAGGAAGAAGAAGAAGAAGAAAGGAAAAAAACAAGGGAAACGUCUCAGAGUAACACACGUGUUCCUCAUUCGCUAGUGUACAAAAUGCCUUAGAAACAGAAUGUGUACCUUUUUUCUUUUUUUUUUUUUUUUUUGUUCCGGUUUCGAGGAAGUAGGAUGAGGGAAAUGUGUUCUGGGGUGAGGGGGGGUUGUUGGGGGUACUUUUCGAUUAAUUUCUACCUGCCUCGUCAGAGGACAUACGUGCUUUUAUUUAUGUGUGUAUAUGAAACAUUCUGGUUGUUUUGCAGCACAUUUGUUUUGUACAUUUUGUAUUCCCUGUAGACCAGUGCUUCUACCAGCAUGCAGGUAGUAGUUAAUGCUCUGCAUUUUUAUACGUUUUUCUUAAUUAGUAGUAGUUAAAAAAACAACAACAACAACUUAGCAAUACUUUAAAGGCCCCAGAGCCCUUUAACUUGGAUCAGCAAGAUCUAUGAGAUGCAAACAAUGUGUUCUGUCCGAGUGGAAGUGGAUUUCAACCGUCAGAAGUCACACAACCUACCGUGGAUUAGUGGAAGAUAGCGGUUUACCAAAACUCACGGUUCAGUUGGCAUUUUUGGGUCUUAAUUACAAAGAAGACGUGAUGUGACACUGGAUCAAAGUAUUCGUGUUGUACAGACUUUAAGGAUUAGAUAGAAAUACAGAAAAUAGUCUGUAGUUUUUCCUCUUUUUUUUCACGCUUUAUUUUUUAACCUAUAUUGUAUUUUUUUAAUACUUAACAUGCGCAACACACUCAAAUUAUCAUGUAGUGAAGUUUGUUGCAAAUACUUACAGUAUAUUCUGCUGUGUCUCUAAAUACAAAUAUACCGGUGUAUGGAAGUUUCUUAGGUAAAUAUUUACUAAUAUAAAUAGAGUCAAAUAAUUAAAAGACGGUUUCAAUUUCUCCCUGACUGGCUGACAUGAUUAUCUAGUCUUUAAAUUUCACUUUAAAUUGCAGUUCUUCACUGUCUCUGUACCACAGCACUAUGUACAUAUAUUUAUUGGUUUGCUGUUGCAAAAUCAAGGGUGGUUUAAAGGAAAAGGUUUGACAUUUGGGGAUUUUUUUCUUUUCCUCCACAUUCUUGCAAAGAGCAAAGUAAUUUUUUAAAGACAAAAGUCAAAGUUCUCUGAUUCCAGCUUGUUAAAUGUGAAUAUUUUCUAGUUUCUUCUCUCCUCUGUGACAGUAUAGUGAAUAUCUUUGAGCUGUGGACAGAAUGAGACAUUUGAGGACGUUAUAUUGGGCUUUUGCACCAGUUUGACAUUUUAUAGACCAAACAAUUGGGAAAUUAAUCAGAUUAAUCAACUAUGAAAAUAAUCGUUAGUUUUAGCCCUACCGCUACCACACACAUGCCGACGUGACGCACACACCCGCGCACAAGUAAAAGCAUCCGGCCACUUACGUAGGCUACGGAAAAAGCUCUGCGUGGAGCCUUCGCUCUAGUAGGAAAAGAGGAAAACUAAAAAGUUCGGUCCACAAAUCCAAGCUUAAAGGAAAACUGUCGCCACUUCUAUGAACAUAUGUAAAUUUUAAUCAGAAAGCUAUGACCAAAUUAUUUGAUUUG